CGACCGCACCAGUCCAGGACAAAAUCACUUGCUUAAAAUGACCUUUUCUGACCUUCUAAAUGACUUUCUAAAGAGCAGCCAAGCUGUCCAGUUAACAGAAGUAUUGCAGUGCAUUCAUUUUAGUGAGCUUUUCAUUUAUAAAAAUGUACUUGGUCUGCAAAGACGAACGACGGAUUAAUGUUCUUUAAGGCCGGUUUUAUUCCGUAUUGUUUUGAUUAUAUUGCAGUUUGUGUUAUUUUUGGUCCAGCCCCUGCUUCCGUGACGUAAAGGGAAACGGGGGCAUUAACCUCCCCCCGGCGGGGCAGCCGGAGUAUCAGCAGCGCUUCGCACCCGGCAGAGUAGGCGGCUGAUCCUACGGCACAGCUGGAGGACGACUGAUUCACGCCGGAAUUUUCGGAGCUGCUAACUACACACCUGAACUCCAUCUGAACUCCACCUGAAUCCCAGCGAAUUCCAGUGAAUCCCAGCGAAACCCAGUGUGACCAACUAACAUGAGCAGCAACUACAGCGUGUGCCUGAUGGGCCCAGCUCCUUGGGGGUUCCGCCUGCAGGGGGGCAAAGACUUCAACAUGCCCCUCACCAUCUCCAGGCUGACAGAUGGGGGCAAGGCCGCCAAGGCGAAUGUUGCCGUCGGAGACGUGGUGCUGUCCAUCGAUGGCAUCUCCACUGAUGGCAUGAACCACCUGGAGGCCCAGAACAAGAUCAAGGCCUGCGCAGGCAACCUCAACCUCACCCUGCAGAAGGCCUCCAGCCUUCCUGCUGCUAUCGCUCCAGCCAAGGAUGAGCCCCUGGAGCUUGUUAAACCUGUGCCCAUCACCCGACCGGCUCCACCCAGCUGUAUGCCCACCAACUCCGCCCCCUGCGCCGCCCACAAUAAAACUGCUCGUCCCUUCGGGGGCGGUGGCAGCACCAACGGCGCCAUCUUGGCGCCAGCCGCCUAUGUGGCUUCUAUUCCCUCUGCAUCUUCCGCCUUCACCCCUGCCUCGGCUACUCAGGGACCUCCCCCCCAGCCUCCAUUCCGGACUGGCUCCGCCUCCUCCUCCUCCUCCUCCUCCUCCCCCUUGCACGUGUCCCCUGGCUCACCUGCCAGGGUGACAGUGCCCUGUUCCGCCCCGGUGCCGCCACAGCCCUCCGUCUACAACACCCCCAUCAACCUCUACUCCAACGAGAAUGCCUGCGAGGUGGCCAUGGGCCAAAGACGGGGCCUGCUGGAGAGCCAGGGCGGAGCCAUGCAGCACAAUGGGGUGCCCCGGAAACACGUCACGGACACGGACAUCCAGUUCUACCACGUCCCGUCCCACAGCGAUGCCAGUAAGAAACGGCUGAUGGAAGAUACGGAGGACUGGAGGCCUCGAACCGGCACCUCCCAGUCCCGCUCAUUCCGCAUCCUGGCCCAGAUCACUGGAACCGAGCACGAACAACCACAGCAGAAAGAAGUAGGAAAAAAGACAAAUGAGGUGGAGGAGGCCCCAUCCUGCACCCAAGUCACCUCUGCUGUGACGACCAUGACCAAGACCCCCGCUGCCGGCCCUCAAACUACCAAGCAGGCUGGUGGUUCUUCAGGUCCAGCUUAUCCCAAGGCUGGCAUGCAGGUGGGCCACGUGACCCCAAAGGGACCAGGCCCAGCACGGCCUGUCCCCCAGCCUCACCCCAAAGAUGAGGACUCCCUGGUGCAGCGUGCUGAGCAUAUUCCAGCUGGCACUCGCACACCCAUGUGCGCCCACUGCGAUACGGUCAUCAGGGGCCCCUUCCUGGUCGCCAUGGGGAAGUCAUGGCACCCCGAGGAAUUCAACUGCGCCCACUGCGGCACCUCGCUGGCGUACCUGGGCUUCGUGGAGGAGCUGGCCUCUGUGUACUGUGAACACUGCUACGAGGAGUUCCUCGCCCCCACCUGCGCACGCUGCCAGCACAAGAUCCUGGGGGAAGUCAUCAACGCCCUGAAGCAAGCCUGGCACGUGCACUGCUUCCUGUGUGCCUCCUGCCAGCAGCCCAUCCGCAACAACACCUUCCACCUGGAGGACGGGGAGCCGUACUGCGAGGCAGACUACUACAGCCUGUUUGGGACUAGCUGCCGGGGCUGCGAGUUUCCAAUUGAGGCGGGCGACCGCUUCCUGGAGGCGAUGGGCUUCAUGUGGCACGACACCUGCUUCGUGUGUGCGGUAUGCUCCACGUGCCUGCAGGGCCAGGCGUUUUACUCCAAGAAGGACAAGCCUCUCUGUAAGAAGCAUGCCCACAGCAUCAACAUGUGAAGCAACGCAGGAUCUGGGAGGCGGGCUGAAGAAGAUGCAACCCCAUCCGGUUGGCCCAAUAUAUGCUUCAUCCAGACUCUGAUUGGCCAAAUAUAUGCUUCAUCGACUGUCUCUGAUUGGCCGAAUGUAUGCUUCAUCCAGACUCCGAUUCCGCUCGACUCUGCAUAACCUGUUUAUCAGAAUUUCUUAGUCUCUGAGGUUUACUCCACAUUCCCGUGCUUUUUGUACACGCUGUUAAGUUAAUGGAAAGUGGGACUGUCCCAAGAUUGUGGCAUUACAGGGUUCUCUGUGUCCCGAAGGGCACGCUCAGAACCAUUUUACUUCACGUCUAAUUAGCAUCGUAAAACCCGUCCUUCAUAAAAUUCCUUGUGUUUCGCCUUUUGAGGGAAAAAAACUUGCCUUAUUCAGUCACUUUCUGAAAGAGACAUCGUUAGCCUCCAGAUUACACUGGUGGCGGGGGGGGGGCAUUUAUUAAAAUUUUUGUGGUCUUGGCUGGGCCGCCACGCCACGCCGUUCCUGGACGGAGGAGGGUGACGGUAACGGGGCGGCGGAGAAGGGCGGCUUUGUGUCGCCGCGGUGAAAAGCACCGCCAUUGUUCCCCUUUUUUGUGAGAAACCUUCAAAGCUCGGAGACGGGGGGCGGAGCCGCGUUCCAUCUCCGGGGUGAGCGUCGAAGAAUGGCGAGAGCGGGGGGAACUGGGAAAGGAAGGGUCACGGACGGGGGAAGGAGGGAGACAGGGUUUGUACCGCUGUGGCGAAGUGCUGGAGCCAAACCGGUAAAUGUGGGUCCUUCCCCGGAGCUGUGGUCCGCUGCCUGCCAUUGGGGACACAGACGGCCGCAAAGCCACAGCACCAGCAGCUUUGAAGCGGCUGUUUGGGCCGUUUGUUUGACCGUGACGAACGUUUUAUAACAAUGCGCAUUACACGCAUCAAGAUCGAAUGGGGCGUCUGAUAUCAGGCGUGCGGAGACGGUCUGAUGGGUGCCGGGCCUUUGGGCUUGGCCCAACUCCUCUGCCAAGAUGUUAAAAGAGAAAGCUAUACAGAAUCAGACCAUUUGAUCGGCUAUCAAACAUCUCCAGCCUACUUCUGCCCUUUUUAAAUUCAUUUAGCGUCCUUCAUGCUUGCCAGGACUGUGACAGCUUCACAGGCUGAUUUGGACCAAAUGAGACAGGGCACUGGAACAGGUGUGCCAGCCUUACAAGAAGGAAAAACAACACAAGACGACCCCCCCCCCCAAACGCCCUGGUGGUUGUGAGAGAAAAAAACAUCUAGGGGGUCCUAGACAAACAGGCACCCCCACCCCUCCAAUGCAUGUUAACUCUUAUGAAAUGGGCAUUUACCACCAGAUAUUGCAAUUUUUGACUCCCCCGAAACACUGGUGAAAUGCUGACUAGCACACAGCUAAAGUGGACCGAUGAUUCAUUUUUCAGGAGGGUUUAAGAACAGCCACCCACUGCAGAGGAUUACAGGGAGGCCAAAGAGAAUUUUAAAGCCUUUUUCUGUGCCAGGGUUAUUAACUUCCUGAUGACCGCAACUCGCUUUACGUUGGAUGUUUUUGGUGCAAAACUAAUCUGGGAAUAAACAUUAAACAGUUAAAUUAUGGUGUAGGUGCCGGGUACGUCCUGUGUUUUAGUAUGUGAAGAGUCGCAAUGUUUCAGCUUUCGUUUGCAUUUUAAAAAUAAAGGUUUUUAUUGGUCUUUCA